CCACAAUCAGGGCAAAAAGAUAACAUGAUAAAAUAAAAAUAAAAAAAGUAACUUUGGGUGUGACAAGAAGUUUUCGUCUGUUUGGUCUGACUAUUCCCUUUGGUCAACGAUGGUAUUGAGAGCCAUUUUACAAGCUUCGGACACAGAACCCAGAUUGGAUAAUCAUGUCUUUUGUUUCUUUUCCCUCUCCUUCUCCUUCUUCUUCAAGCUUCUUCUUCUUCUCUUGUUCUCGCCAUGAUUGACGAGAAGAAGAUGAGAUCUAAAUCCUUUGGUUAUCUUGUGAGACCAGUAAAGCCUUUGAGUCCUCCUCACAUGGUUCUGUUUGUCCUUUUCUAUGUUCUUUCACUCUCUGUCUUCUUUCUUACAGUUUCAGAGGCUGUUUGUAAUCCUCGGGAUCGAGAUUCUCUCCUUUGGUUCUCUGGCAACGUAUCAUCUUCAGUCUCUCCUUUGCAUUGGAAUCCGUCUACUGAUUGUUGCUCCUGGGAAGGAAUCUCUUGUGAUGAUUCUCCUGAAAACCGAGUCACUUCGAUUCUUUUGCCUUCUAAAGGACUCUCAGGCAACCUCCCGUCCUCUGUUUUGGAUCUCCGUCGUCUCUCUCGUCUCGACCUUUCUCAUAACCGUCUCUCUGGUCCACUCCCACCAGGUUUCCUCUCUGCCCUUGAUCAGCUCUUGGUUCUUGAUCUGAGUUACAACAGUUUCAAUGGUGAAUUGCCACUUGAACAAUCACUUGCCAAUGGAAGCAACAGAACCUUCCCAAUUCAGACCGUUGAUCUCUCCAGCAAUUUUCUUCAGGGUGAAAUCCUCGGCGGUUCUGUUUUUCUUCAGGGUGCUUUCAGUUUAACCAGUUUCAAUGUCAGCAACAACAGCUUCACGGGUCCUAUCCCUUCCUUCAUGUGCACAACUUCACCGCUGCUCACCAAACUGGAUUUCUCCUACAAUGAUUUCAACGGCGUCAUCUCUCAAGAAUUGGGCGGAUGCUUGAGGCUAAGUGCUUUCCAAGCAGGCUUCAACAAUCUCUCUGGUGAAAUCCCUAAAGAAAUCUACAAUCUUCCAGAGCUUGAGCAACUCUUUUUACCAGCCAACCGUCUUUCUGGUAAGAUUGAUGACGGGAUUACUCGUCUCACCAAACUGACGUUGCUUGAGCUUUACUUCAAUCACCUCGAAGGAGAAAUACCAAUGGAUAUAGGUAAGCUUUUCAACCUGCGUAGUCUCCAACUCCAUAUCAAUAACCUCACGGGUUCUGUCCCGGUUUCUCUCGGCAAUUGCACAAAUCUCGUGAAGUUGAAUCUACGGGUUAAUAGGCUGGGAGGAACCUUAUCGGCGAUAAACUUUUCUGGGAUUCAGAACCUCAGCAUUUUAGACCUCGGAAACAAUAGCUUCACAGGCGAAUUCCCCCACACGGUUUACUCCUGCAAAAAGAUGACAGCAAUGAGGUUUGCAGGCAACAAGUUAACGGGACAGAUAUCUCCUAAAGUGCUGGAAUUGGAAUCUCUGUCCUUCUUUACUUUUUCAGACAAUAAAAUGACAAACAUCACAGGUGCUCUCAGGAUUCUGCAAGGCUGCAAGAAGCUGUCUACUCUUAUCAUGGCAAAGAACUUUUACGGCGAAGCUGUACCAAGCGAUGCAGACUUUGUUGCUGCAGAUGGAUUUCCAAACCUCCAAAUCUUCGGUAUCGGUGGAUGCAGACUGAAAGGUGAAGUACCACCUUGGCUGAUCAGUCUCAAGAGGGUAGAAGUUUUGGAUUUGUCAAUGAACCGACUCAUGGGGUCAAUUCCAGGUUGGCUAGGAACUCUUCCAAACCUUUUCUACUUGGAUCUUUCCGAUAACCUUCUUACAGGAGAGCUUCCAAAGGAACUGUUUCAGCUGAGGGCUCUGAUGUCCCAAAAGGCAUACGAUGCAACAGAGCGGCACUAUCUAGAGCUGCCGGUUUUUGUCAAUCCNAAUAAUGUCACCACCAAUCAGCAAUACAAUCAGCUUUCCAGCCUCCCACCUACGAUAUACAUCAGGAGGAAUAACUUGACUGGGAGUAUACCAGUCGAGGUUGGACAGCUAAAGGUUCUCCAUAUCCUGGAGCUUCUCAGUAAUAACUUUACUGGCAGCAUCCCAGAUGAAUUGUCAAACCUCACAAACUUAGAGAGGCUGGACCUGUCCAACAACAAACUAUCUGGUAGAAUUCCUUGGUCGCUCACAGGACUCCAUUUCAUGUCCUAUUUCAAUGUUGCAAACAACAGUCUCAGUGGGCCGAUACCCACUGGGAGUCAGUUUGAUACCUUCCGAAAAGCAUAUUUUGAUGGAAACCCCUUGUUGUGCGGUGGUGUACUGCAAAUUUCAUGCACUCCUCCGACUCAGCCAUCUACUACAAAGAUGGAUAGAGAAAAGGUCAAUAGAACGCUUGUUUUGGGGCUUGUCAUUGGGCUCUUUUUUUGCAUCAGUUUGAUUUUGGUGUUGCUUGCUCUGUGGGUGCUUGCCAAGAGGAGGGUAAAUCCAGGAGACUCUGAGAAUGCUGAACUGGAGAUAAAUUCUAAUGGCUCGUAUUCUGAAGUCCCUCCAGGAUCGGAGAAAGACAUAAGCCUUGUACUGUUGUUUGGAAACAGCAGGUACGAAGUAAAAGACCUAACCAUAUUUGAGCUCUUGAAAGCUACCAACAACUUCAGUCAAGCUAAUAUAAUUGGUUGCGGCGGGUUUGGUCUUGUCUAUAAGGCUACCUUGGAUAAUGGAACAAAACUGGCGGUUAAGAAACUAACAGGAGACUAUGGUAUGAUGGAAAAAGAAUUCAAGGCAGAGGUAGAAGUUCUGUCCAGGGCCAAACAUGAAAACCUGGUCGCUCUACAAGGCUACUGCGUCCAUGAUAGUGCCCGGAUACUAAUCUACUCGUUCAUGGAGAAUGGUAGUCUUGAUUACUGGCUGCAUGAAAACCCCGAGGGUCCAGCCCAGCUGGAUUGGCAGAAAAGACUACACAUUAUGAGAGGAGCAAGUAGUGGACUAGCAUACAUGCACCAGAUAUGUGAACCACACAUAGUACACCGAGACAUCAAGUCCAGCAAUAUCCUUUUGGAUGGAAACUUCAAGGCUUACGUCGCAGAUUUCGGGUUGUCAAGACUGAUUCUUCCAUACCGCACACAUGUCACAACUGAGCUAGUGGGCACACUUGGUUACAUUCCACCAGAGUAUGGACAAGCUUGGGUAGCCACUUUGAGAGGUGACGUGUACAGUUUCGGUGUGGUCAUGCUAGAGCUUCUCACAGGGAAAAGACCGAUGGAGGUUUUCAGACCAAAGAUGUCAAGAGAAUUAGUCGCAUGGGUGCAUACAAUGAGAAGGGAAGGGAAACCAGAGGAAGUGUUUGAUACAUUGCUGAGAGAUAGUGGUUAUGAAGAAGAGAUGCUUCGUGUGCUUGACGUAGCCUGCAUGUGUGUGAACCAAAAUCCAAUGAAAAGACCAAACAUACAACAAGUUGUAGACUGGCUAAAGAGUAUAGCAGAGAAAACAAACCAAAAUAACAGAGAAGAACCUGAAGAAGAAGAAGAGACGUAACUGUGUGUGCCUUGCCUACUUAAAAUCAAACAUCUGCUGCCUGCAUAAGUAAAUAUACACACUUAUUUUUCUUGUCAAAUUGCGUAUGUAUAUGUUAACCAUCAUUUUCCAUGUAAAUUAUAAUUUUGAUGGUAAUAUAUAGAAGCUUUGAUAAUGUAAAGAAGUACAUGAAAAUUAUGCCGCUUGUGACUUUCAAAA